AUGGACGCCACCCUCAGCACCACAACCCAGGACUCCCUCCUCUUCCUCUUCCCUGCCGCCGCCACCUUACUCUCCCCGCUCCUCGCCGUGCUCCUCGUAGCCCUCUCGCUGCUCUGGCUCUACCCCGGCGGGCCCGCGUGGGCGCUCAUCUCAUCCAGGUCCCGCGCGACGCCGCCGCCCCCGCCGGGCGCGCCGGGUGUGGUCACCGCGCUCGCAGGCCCCGCGGCGCACCGCGCACUGGCGUCCCUGUCGCGGUCGCUGCCCGGCGGCGCCGCGCUGUCGGCCUUCUCCGUCGGCCUCACGCGCUUCGUCGUGGCCAGUCAGCCGGACACGGCUCGGGAGCUCCUGGCCAGCGCCGCCUUCGCCGACCGCCCCGUCAAGGACGCAGCGCGCGGGCUUCUCUUCCACCGCGCCAUGGGCUUCGCCCCCUCCGGCGACUACUGGCGCGCUCUGCGCCGCAUCAGCUCCGCCUACCUCUUCAACCCGCGCAGCGUGUCCGCGACGGCGCCGCGCCGCGUCGCCAUCGGCGAGCGCAUGCUGCGGGACCUCUCCGCCGCCGCGGCCGGAGGCGGCGGUGGCGGCGGAGAGGUCGUCAUGCGGCGCGUGCUCCACGCGGCCUCCCUGGACCACGUCAUGGCUACCGUGUUCGGCGCGCGCUACGACGCCGACAACGCGGAGGGCGCGGUGCUGGAGGAGAUGGUGAAGGAAGGGUACGACCUGCUCGGCUUGUUCAACUGGGGCGACCACCUGCCGUUGCUCAGGUGGCUGGACCUGCAAGGCGUCAGGAGGAGGUGCAGGAGCCUGGUGAGCAGGGUGAACGUGUUCGUGGCCAGGAUCAUCGAAGAGCACAGGCGGAAGAACAAGGACGACGACGCCAAUGGUGAGUCGGCCGCCGGAGACUUCGUCGACGUCUUGCUGGGAUUGGAGGGCGAGGAGAAGCUGUCGGACUCCGACAUGAUCGCUGUCCUCUGGGAGAUGAUCUUUCGAGGGACCGACACGGUGGCGAUCCUGCUGGAGUGGGUGAUGGCGCGGAUGGUGCUGCACCCGGGGAUCCAGUCCAAGACGCAGGCGGAGCUGGACGCCGUCGUGGCCUGCGACCGCGCAGUCUCCGACGCCGACGUGGCCCGGCUGCCCUACCUGCAGCGCGUCGUGAAGGAGACGCUCCGCGUGCACCCGCCCGGCCCGCUGCUCUCGUGGGCACGCCUCGCCGUGCACGACGCGGUGGUCGGAGGCCACCUCGUCCCCGGGGGCACCACGGCCAUGGUCAACAUGUGGGCCAUCGCGCACGACCCCGCGGUGUGGGCGGACCCCUCCGCGUUCCGGCCCGAGCGGUUCGAGGAGGACGUGAGCGUGCUGGGCGGGGACCUCCGGCUCGCACCGUUCGGGGCCGGGCGGCGCGUGUGCCCCGGCAAGACGCUGGCGCUCGCCACCGUCCACCUCUGGCUCGCGCAGCUGCUGCACCGCUUCCAGUGGGCGCCGGCGGACGGCGGCGUCGACCUGGCGGAGCGCCUCGGGAUGUCGCUGGAGAUGGAGAAGCCCCUUGUGUGCAAGCCCACGCCCAGGUGGUGA